AUGGCGUGGGAGAGGCUACCGGGGAGGGGCUGCAGUGCCCUGCACCGCUGUCUGCUCGGCGCUGCUCUGCUGCUCGGCCUGCGGCUCUGCGCGGAGCUGCGGCGCGCCGGGGCCCAGCCUCCGGCCCGCAGCGGCCUGCCGGGCCCGGCCCCCCGACCGCCCGAGCCGCCCCUGCCGCCCGCGCCGGCCCAACGGCGCGGCGCCAGCCGGAGGCAGGUGACCUACGUGCGCAGCGGGCGCCGAGCGCCGCCGCGGGGCGGCGGGAGCGGGACGCAGGAGCCGGGCUGCUGCUCUCCGCGCGGGCGUCCCCGCCGUAAGGGUCCCCGGUGGCAUAUAGAUCUCCAGCCUUGGGCAGGCCCUGCUCGGUCCCUGGAUGAAGAAGCCUUGAGGUUCCUGAGAUACAUCAGCACCAUUCAGAUUGCGUGUGAUCACGUGAGCACAGACAGCCUGGCUACUGACUCCAGCCCUUCAAAAAAGCCCUGGUCUGUCUGUCUUGAUGACAGGUUUGGCUUAGCUCAUCAAAUUCGCAACAAGCAGUGCCGCCUCUAUUCUUUAGGGCUGGGAAGUGAUGAUACCCAUUUUGAGGUCGGCAUGGCCAAUGAUGGAUGUGAAGUGCAUCGUUUUGAUCCUACUGUUAAAUCAGCUCAUGUUCUGGAGAGUGAGCGUUUUUGGUAUCACCGCUUGUCCGUCGACUGGCGGGACUCCCAUCCAGCUGUUGCUGCCCAAAAACCAUAUAGCAACACCAGAAAACUGAGAACCAUUUUGAAUGAAUUUGGGCAUCACAAGAUUGAUGUUCUCAAAGCAGAUCUGGAAAGCGCAGAAUGGAAAGUUUUGGAAAAUCUUAUUCUGGAAGAUGUCCUUGAACAAAUUGGACAGCUCGUCUUUGAGAUCCAUCUUCACUGGCCCGGGUUUGAGGUCAGUGGCAGUGACAGCAGUGUUGUGCGGUUCUGGUACAGCCUCCUCAAAGAGUUAGAACUACAGGAUUUCAGGCUUUUUCACAGUUACAAAGAUUUAUCUAAACCUCAGCUAUUCCUGAAGAAAGAUAUUUUCAAUGCGAGUAGCUGUUAUACUCUGAGUUGGGUGAAUACAAGAUGGAAAUAGGAUGCAGGAGCUCAUCAAGAGCUCAAGGAAAUAUUUGCAGCAUGGAUCAUGUCCAUGAUUCUAGUUAUUCCGGUUUACUUGUCCAGUCUCCCACUAGCCUGUGACCUGCUUGAGGCAGGGAUUGUGUUAAUUGCCUUUGUAGUACAUGUAGCCUGGCAUCUCGCACGUGGUGGGGGAACAGUUAACACUUGUUGAGGGGAUGGACACAGGAGUGCCACAGCAGUCAACCUCCAUCUGCCCAAACCCAGGCUCUUUGCCUGUCUGCCUCUGACAGAGUGGGGAUGCUUGUCCUCCUUCAUUUCAGCUUGGAAGAUAAUCCCACACUUAUCUCAGUUUUCCCUAAAAUUAAUUAUGUAUCUGUAAUCCAUGAAUUUACCACCAUGGAAAAGAAAUUAUAUCACAUUUCUGUUUUUACUGGGUUGAGGAGAUCCUUAAAUGUGUAGUCUGCUGUUUAAAAUAGGGCCUUUCAUUUGAUGUUAACUCACCUCUUCCGAGGAUUUUCUUGUUCACUGUGUCAAUAACAUUCUUUACAGCCUUGU